AUGGCUUCGUUUUCUGCUAAGGGCAGCGUUAGUCGCAGCAAUAAUGGCGGCUCUUCUUCGUUUCUAAAGGUUGUGGGCCAGCAAGAGGGAUCCGAAGUUCUCAAGGUCUACGAUCGCUUCCGAAACGAGACCUAUCGAAAUGUCCACUUGGUGAACUUCCAAACCAUCACCAAACAAGAGAGGAACCUACUCAUUCCACAGCUCACCUAUGAGGCAGCAGCAUAUGUAGCCACACGACAUUUAAAUGAGCGAAAUUCAUCCAUUGUUCCCGAUUUAACGGAAAGAAUGCAAGGCUGUGACAUCAAAUUCACCUAUGAAAUGACAGAGACACAAUACAACAGAAUGGUGGCCCUGGGUUCUCUCCAAAAGAUUGUCACACGACCUGAUUUGAGAGUGGGCGACUGGCAUAGGUAUCCCAGACCGGCAGCCAUUAUUGGUGGAGCCUACAGUUCCGUGUCGCUAGCUCUUGCCAAUCUAGCGGGAGUCUAUCAAAUCCCUCAAAUUUCUGGCAGUGCAUCCUCCGCAGUGCUGGAUGACAAGAAUGCAGCUCCGUAUUUUUCAAGAUCAUUUCCCACCAAUGAAGCGGAUGCAGAGGCACUAAUGAUAUAUUUCAAGUCCAUAGGUGUCACUCAUUUCGGAUGCAUUCAUGUCCGUGAUCUGUACGGUACCUCAUUUAACAGAGCAGUAUCAAUUUCUGCAGCAAAACAUGGAAUCAAAGUUUAUUCCACUGCCUUUGAAGCCAGUGAUGAUCAGUCGCUCAAAGAUGGGUUGAAGCAUCUGCAGUCCAGACAAGUUAGAUAUUUUUUCGGAAUCAUCUACCAUGAUUCAAGAGAGACAGUCUUUCGGGAGGGAUACAACCUUGGGAUCAUGGGACAUCCAGGUUUCGCCUGGAUUCUGAGUGACAGUUCAUCAAACUUGGCUUCCAAAGACUACUCUCUGGACUACAAAACAGAAUCAGAUCUGGCGAAAGCUGUUAAUGGUGUGGGGAUUUUGCUUCCGGGAAUCCAGAUUCACCCUGUUCUUCACGAUAUCCUUGAAAAAGACUUCAAAACAAAUCAAGAGCUCCAACAAGAUUUUGUGGUAGCACACCCUCCCAACCUGCUCCCGAUUUUGCAAAAUCAUAGCUUUGCCAACACCACCAUGCUUCCCUCCUUCUUUACUGGAAUGGUGUAUGAUGCUGUCAUCACCCUUGGGCUCGCAGCUUGUGGACAAACUGAGCAUUACUUCUCUCCCGACCAGUUCCUAAAAGGAAUUCGAAACCAAUCGUUUGAAGGAGCAACAGGACACGUCACCUACAAUAAUGUGACGGGGACCAGAGAUCUUUUGGGGCUACGAUUUGCCAUUACGAAUGUCAUCAUUGCAGAGGACAGCCAACAACUCACUCCAGGAAGAAUCCAGUUCAAGUCAACCACUCCGGUGGCAAUCGAGUUUCCUUCCCGGGUAGUGGACUUGGGUCAGGGACCAUUCGUUUACUCCGACAACACAACAUCAGUGCCCGAGGCACUACCACACGUGGAUAUGGAUAUGAACUUGAUCCCCCUGGGUGUUCAAGGUUUUGGUUGGGGACUCAUGGGAUUCAUCAUGGCUCUCUCUAUUGGCUGCAUUGCAUUUGCCCUCCAAUACCGCAGAAAGAGAGCAGUUUCUUCAGCCCAGCCUGCCUUCCUUGUGAUGAUUGCCAGCGGAUGCCUUGUCAUGGCAACUGCCAUUAUUCCAAUGUCCCUACAAGAGCCCAUCCCAAAUUCUGGACUGGAUAUUGCUUGCAUGUCCCAAUUGUAUCUAGUAUGCCUUGGAUUCUGCGUCUCCUUUUCAGCCUUGUUUUGCAAGCUCUACCGCAUCAACAAACUACAGCUGCGAGCAAGCCAAUUCAGAAGAGUUCAAGUGCAUGUGAAAGAUGUGGUCUAUCCACUGGUCAUCAUGGUUGGACUCAAUCUUGUUGUUCUUAUCACAUGGAGUGCUGUUGAUCCGUUGGUGUGGGAGCGAAAAAUUGAGCCCUCCAGGGAUAGAUUUGACCGUCCUACUUCGAGCUAUGCCAUCUGUACCAGCAACAGUCAAACCUUGGAGAGGUUGUUUGGGGGCUUGCUGUUUGCAAUCAACUUUGUGGCUUUGGCAUUGGCCAACUGGGAAUGUUACAAGGGAAGAAAGUUGCCUACAGAGUUCAAUGAAACCAGCAGGAUUGCCAUAUCCAUGUUUUCCCUCAGUGAAACUCUUAUCAUUGGCAGCCCAAUUUUGCUGGCAACUCAGGGCGAUCCCACCAUCACAUUUCUGGCCAAGGCUGUGUUGAUCUUUUGCACCUGCCUGGCUAUUAUGGGCCCCAUCUUCCUUCCUAUUUGGAAUUUACAAACUGGGCGUGAAUCAGUGACAAGAUGGGUUACACCUUCAAAUGCAAAUCUAUCAAGAAAUGGGACUACAAAUGUGGCUGCCUCUGUCACAGCUGAAAGAAGUCGGGCUUUGUGGAUCAACAAUUCUGACAGCACAGGACUUGGUUACCGGACCAGUUGUUUCUAG